GAGUUCGAGAAGCAGAUUGCUGAUGGAAAGUUGGAAGCAGCUUUAGCAGCUGCAGCGCAAGCUCAUGCAGCCGCAGCAGCAGCGGCUGCAGCGGCAUCGUCCAGUGUCGCAUCCACCAGCCAAGCCCAAAAUUUGAGCACAAAAAUGCCAAAUUUGUCUACGUCACAACAACGCAGCGGUACAAGCACGCCUACUGUGCGGAAAGCCGCCACCCCUGUCCCUCAGUCUUCUACACCUCUGACAAAAGUAGGCUCAUCGUCUUCAUCGAACACGCCUACUAUGAAGAAAUCAAAUAGCUCUCCUGGAUUAAGCAUGGCCGCGAUGCAACAGCAAAUGGCAGCAAUGCAGCAAUUGGUGCGAGCCAACCCCAUGAUGGCGAUGGCGGCUAGCCAAAUGGCCGGAGCCGCUGCUGCCGCUGGAAAUCCUAUGGCAAGCAUGAUGCAGCAGAGGAUGUCUUGGCUUGGCCGCUUAUAUUAUGCAUGA